AUGGUUCGGCAAUUUGUUUCCGUAAGUUAAACUUUAAUUUUUCUUCUUCUAUUAUUUAUACUAUAUAUUAUAUGAACAUUUAACUUUAGAGACAAGCUCGCCGAUUUCAACGAAAGUUGCAUGAUAUCCGCCUUUAUAUCAAUGACAGGUGAGAAUAUGAUUUCUAAUUACUUUUUAAUUUUCAUUUUAUUAUAUUAUUUAAUUAUAUAUCUUAGAUACGGUGCAAUGGAUAUGGACACAUGGGAGGUCAUCAGGAACACUCUUUUGCAAAACGUCGAGGAAAUCAAUGUUUUGCUGCAGCGACAAUCAGGCAUGCAAAACCUCUAAGCUUUUUUUGCUUUUUCUUUUUAUAACAACUUUAAAGACAAUGUUCUUAUUUGAUAAAUUUAAAAUUUUUUUCCUGGAAUCAUCAAAAAGAUUUUUGUAUUUAGUUCGGGGUCACCGCGAUCCAACAAUUCUUACUCCCGAAGUUCACCAAGUAUGUUUCUUUUUUUAUUAUUCCGUUAACAAUAAAUUAUAAUAAUCUACUAAUAUAUACGAAAAUGUAUACAUAAUCAUUUAAUAUCUAAACAUUGUGUUUAGCGUUCCUCGAAAGACGCCAUCGUGUUGAGACUGCAAAGACAGAUCGACGCUGUUUCAGUUCUCGCUGACGUCACUCAUCUCGGUAUUUUUUAAAUAUAUUUUUAGAAUGUUUUUAUAUUUUCCAUUUUGAUUAAUGACUUUAAUUAUUUAAUUAUGAAUGAUUAGUUUUGUUUUAUAGGUCCAGAGGCAAACGAGGAUGAAGCUGCAACGUUAAUGCGCGUAGACCAAAUUCUGGAUAAUCUUUUUGAAGUAAUUACGCCGGAAACUUCGCUUCGCGGUUCUGACACGGUCUCUAAUUAA